AUCCCACCCUCAACUCCCUAUUGCCAAACCCCUCAAAUACCAAUAGGAGUAACAGUAACACAUUUCCUUUCAUUCUUUUUCCUUCUUCCAUUUCCACCUACUUUUCAACAAUGGCCAUGUCCAGCAUUGCCAGAAGAAAAUCAACCCUGAUUUCCAGAAACCUUUGCAACUCUACCGAUUCUAUUCGCUAUACACUUUCUCUCUCUACCUUCUCUCGUUACUUCUCUUCUGCAUCCGAUGAAAAUGAUGUUGUCGUCAUCGGUGGUGGCCCUGGUGGUUAUGUCGCCGCCAUUAAAGCAGCUCAACUUGGCCUUAAAACUACUUGCGUUGAGAAACGUGGUACACUUGGUGGUACUUGCCUUAACGUUGGUUGUAUUCCUUCUAAGGCACUUCUUCAUUCUUCUCACAUGUACCAUGAAGCAAAACAUGCUUUUGCUGCCCAUGGUGUGAAGUUUUCUUCGGUUGAGGUUGAUUUGCCUGCCAUGAUGGCCCAGAAAGAUAAAGCUGUGGGUAGUUUGACUAAAGGUAUUGAGGGUUUGUUCAAGAAGAACAAAGUAAACUAUGUGAAAGGUUAUGGGAAGCUCAUGUCUCCUUCUGAAGUUUCUGUGGACACUAUUGAUGGUGGAAACACUGCUGUUAAAGGCAAACACAUAAUUAUUGCUACUGGGUCUGAUGUAAAGUCUCUACCUGGAGUUCCAAUUGACGAACAGAAGAUUGUAUCAUCAACCGGAGCUUUGGCUCUAAAAGAAAUUCCCAAGAGACUUGUGGUUAUAGGUGCUGGCUAUAUUGGCCUUGAGAUGGGUUCAGUUUGGGGUCGAAUCGGUUCAGAGGUUACUGUUGUAGAAUUUGCUCCAGAAAUUGUUCCUACCAUGGACGGUGAAGUUCGUAGGCAAUUUCAGCGUUCCCUUGAGAAACAAGGUAUGAAAUUCAAACUGAAGACCAAGGUUGUUGGUGUAGAUACCUCUGGGGAUGGUGUUAAGCUGACUGUUGAGCCUGCAGCUGGUGGUGAGCAGACUAUUCUCGAAGCUGAUGUGGUUCUUGUUUCUGCCGGUAGGGUCCCAUUCACUGCUGGGCUUGGGCUUGAAAGCCUUGGAGUAGAAAUGGACAAGGGUGGUCGGAUUUUGGUCAACGAGCGUUUUGCCACUAAUGUUCCUGGAGUGUAUGCUAUCGGGGAUGUGAUCCCAGGUCCUAUGUUGGCCCACAAGGCAGAGGAAGAUGGUGUGGCCUGUGUUGAGUUCAUUGCAGGAAAGGAAGGACAUGUGGACUAUGAUUUAGUCCCGGGAGUUGUCUACACUCACCCUGAGGUAGCUUCUGUAGGGAAAACGGAGGAGCAGGUGAAAACGCUUGGUGUUCCAUACCGAGUGGGUAAAUUCCCAUUCAUGGCAAACAGUAGGGCCAAGGCAAUUGAUAAUGCCGAAGGACUAGUCAAGAUCUUGGCUGAGAAGGAGACUGACAAAAUUCUCGGUGUUCACAUUAUGGCCCCUAAUGCUGGGGAACUCAUCCACGAGACUGUUCUAGCAAUGCACUACGGUGCUUCAAGUGAGGAUAUCGCGCGUACAUGCCAUGCACACCCAACCAUGAGCGAGGCUGUGAAGGAAGCUGCGAUGGCCACAUAUGACAAACCCAUUCACAUUUAGAUUUCAAGAUACCUGUCAUUGUGACCCCAUAUUUUAAAUCCCAAGAUUUUUCAUGCCUUUGCGGCAUUAAAAGACGACAAUCCUCUGCUCUGGUACAUGUUUGUCGAUACGAUUCUCAAUAGUUAUCAGUUAAUUAAUGUGAGCGAUUUGAGAGUUUUUGCGUUGAUGCAUUGUCUCCAAAUAGUUUUCACACUUCAUUUUUUAAAUAUGCUAAUAAUUGAAAUUCAAAUUA